CUGAUCAUCAACUCGAUCUCCUGCGUCAAAUCCAAGUUUCAACGGUAGCCUUAUGUGAACCAUCGUCUUGUUCAGCUUCCGAUACUUGCUAAAGGGGGAUUUCACCGGCUCCGAACCUGCGGGUCUCUCAAUCAUCGGACGCCCUCUCGAGCAGCUCUACGCUGCCACCAGCCUCUGCGCGACUCCGAGUUGGCUGCUGAACGACGUCGUCUGCAGGAUCCCGAGGCAUCAACUUUUACCAGUUCGGGAUCAACGCGUUUCCACCUUCUGCCACCAUGUUCGGGUCAACAAUAGGUCAGAAUAAGCCUGCUGGCGGAGGAUUGUUUGGGUCCACGCUGGGAGUAAACACUCAGCAACCUAGCAGUAGCACAUUUGGAGGGCUUGGACAAAAUAAUCAGCCAAAUCAGCAACAACAGACCGGGGGACUGUUCAGCAAUUUGGGCCAGAAUAAUCAACAAACCCAGCCCCAGCACGGUGGAGGAUUAUUUGUACAAAGCACGCAGAAUAAACCACAACAAAGCGGUCUGUUUGGACAAAGUACGCAGCAAGGUGGAGGACCCUUCGGUGGACUUGGUCAGAAUACCCAACAAAAUCAACAGCAGCAAGGCGGAGGAUUGUUUGGUGGGCCAGGCCAGCAAAGCCAAACACAGCAGACUGGUGGCUUAUUCGGGGGUAUGAAUCAGAAUAGUCAACAGCCGCAGCAACCCGGAGGCGUGUUUGGCGGAUCGACACAAGGCGCUUUUGCGCAAUCUACACAACUUCCUCAGCUGGGACAAAGUACGAAUACAAUGUGGCAGCCUCUCAGUGCUUUCAAUCCUCGCGAGAAGACCGUACCAGAGCAGAUUUCUUUAAUACUCGAAAAAUGGGACACUGGAAAUCCGAAUUGCGUAUUCAAACACUACUUCUACAACAAGGUGGAGGAAAAUAUGGCGCCAUAUUAUCGACCAUCUCCUGGUGAGGAUCCGAAAGAAUGGGAGGACGCUCUAUCAAGGAAACAAGGGCCAGGAUUCAUCCCGGUCCUCUGCGUGGGAUUUGCUCAGAUGGGUAAAAGAAUUGAGAUUCAGCAGAAGGGUUUGGCAUACUUCAACGCCCGCCUUCACGAAAUCAACAGCUCACUGACCGCCAUGAUGCAACGGCACGAGACCCAAACCAGUGUCAGAACGACGGAUGCAAGAAGAAAACAUCUUGUAUUGAAACAGAGGUGUCUGGCUUUAGCGACAAAAGUCCAGGUAUUGAGGAACAGAGGAUAUGCGAUGGGAGGCGAUGAAGAGGUUCUGCGGACGAAGUUGAUGGCCUUGGAGAAGAGUGUAAAUGAUCCGGGAUUGGGUGCGAGAGGCGAAGAAAUCUGGGCUCGGAUGUUGAUUGUUCAAGAAAGGGCUAGACUAUUAAAGAACGAAAUUGAGAAAACGGGUCAAGAACCGACUGACAUCUUGGAUGAAGAGAUGAGUCGGCGGGCGAGAAAGAUAUUGGAGGACUACAACACGCAAUUACUUCAUUUGAAGACGGAGGUUGAGAAGAUACAAAAAGACUUUGUGGAAUGGGAAAAAGAGCAAGGCGGACCGAUUGCUUCAAAGGCUAAGGAGCCGAAGAAUGAUACCCCGGGGAAAUCACUGCAGUUUGUUUAGAAAUGCAUGGAGCUUUGGAUUCGUGUACGAACAUAAUGAACCCUGUAUGAUAGAAGCAGAUCACGUGAGACGACACUUUUUUCCUGGACAGAGCAGAAAUGGAGGAAGAAAGCUAGAAAUAUGAGCUUCUUAAAUCAAAACAGAUGUGUUCCAU